AGUCGUUAUAUUUGGUGGGUGUUAUUGUUUCCGGCUGCUCUGAUAUCCAUCAUUUCCGCUUGGCAUUUAUGGACGCAAUAUUACCAAUUGUCAUUCAUUAGCAGAGGCGUUGCGCUAGCGAUCUAUUCGCUUUCUGUGUCAUUCAUCCUCUCAGAUAUAGUGUCAAAGACUUUCCAUGCAUAUGGUUUGAUUGUCUUUCUAAUGACAUCUUUCGGAAUUCUUAGUAUCAUCUUGUAUACGUUCCAAAAAAGGUACAAAUUCACUGGAACAAAGCCAUUUUUUUGUUCCACCGCAUUAGUAUGUAUAAGCUCUCUAGGAUUAAGAGAAGUUUAUCAAUUGAAUCCUAUGCAAAUCCUUUUACCUAUCGCUGUUUCAAGUGUUAUAUGUAGUUACUGCAUACUAGAACUCUAUUAUGCAAUGGAUGCUAUGACGGUGGAUGACUAUAUUCUGGCGAACUUAUCUUUUCACAUGGACCUGGCGUAUCCUAUAAAUUGCUUACAUCAUGUAUGUGAAUUAUCUGAUCAUAUCGAUAAUAUUCCAGAGUAUUUUGAUCCCGAAGCAUCCUCUGUUUUGGACGACGAUUAAAAAUAAAAAAGAGGCUGGACAAAUUAUGGACACUCUAAGGGUAGCUCACUAAGAAUGAUAAAGUUAGAAAUUUGAAGCCUUGCAAAACUAAUUGCAAUAACUCGUGGUUUACUCUAUGUUACAACCUUGAUUUAUGAUUCACCGUACGGUUAGCUCGUGUUUAACGGGCACCUAUAAAUUGAACAAGUGAAAUAAAAGCUCCAAUACUAAUAAGAGAAUGUCGUGACCGCAACAUUUAAUAUCAAUUAAGUUGUCUGUAGGUCGGCGUUACUAUUCUGCAUAUGAGAUUAAAGAUUAACGCUCAAUCAGUAUACUUCAGGAAAAAACGCGUGUUUUUCUGAUUUGAGAACGGAAGGAGUAAAUAAACGUGCCCAUCAGCUCUUCAAUUGGAAUAUCAAUGAUGGAUUAAAAGAAAACCCAGGAGCUGAAGUGGGUUGAUGUGAUAC